AUUUAGCUCUAGAUGGGGUGUCCUUAGAUUAGUCAUAAAGCACAAACACAACUGUGAAUUUAAAACUCACUUUCCAUCAAUAGUUUUAUUCGAUCACUGAAAUGAAUAUAUUUAGGGUUUAAUAUACACCAUGUAAUUUCAUCUCUAUUUAAGAUUCUUUUUGUCCAGUCAUGGCUGUGACAUUUCACACUCGUGGACGUCAUGGAUAUGCAGUUAAGUUUUCACCAUACUUUGGUCACAGAUUCCUUUGUGCAACUUCACAACAUUAUGGAAUAGCAGGUAAAUGAAAUCUUUGAUACAUUCCAAACAAUGUGAAGUAUUAAUGUUACACGUUGGAAGUAAAAUCUCUCUUCAGGAAUUUACGCACAUGUAUGUUUCAUUUAUCAUUGAUUUUCUAUAAAAAUUACUUUUUAUCAUAUGCGAGGUGGUGGAACACUAUUUGUACUGGACAUCCUUCCCAGUGGAAUUCAAGUGAUCGGCAGGUGUGGCAAAGCUUAAACUUGAUUUUUUUUUUCUUUCAAUUUUGGCAACAUCCUAACCUUAGAACGAAAUUGCCGGGUAAUCAAUAGAAUUUUGUAUUAUUUCUUUCAUGAUUUCAGGAGUUUUAUACAUUUGUACUGAUCAUAGAGCAAAAAAACCUUUAGGUCUGAUGCAAAUUUAAAAAAAAACACAAGAAAAAUUACCCACUCUCAGAAACGAGGAACUUGAGAGGACUAAAAGACAAUACAAUUUCUUUUGAUAGAUGGGAGUGGGGAGAGGGUCUUUUUGAUUGUUCAUGGAGUGAGCACAAUCAGGAUUUUAGUAUCGCUGCAAGUGGAGAUGGUUCAAUACAGAUGUGGGAUCUCAAAAACCCAAAGGUAAAUUUUGGAAGCUAACGUACCAUUUGGAAAACUGAGUCGUGGUGCAUUAAAAUAAGUUGGGUUAGCUUGACAGUGUAGACAUCCUUUGGUUCUGCAAGCAAAUAAGGAUAGCUUAGGACUUAGCCCCGUAUCCCCUAAGAGUAACUAAAAUCUAAUUUCUCCUUACAAUAACCCCCCUGAAUCAAACAUGAAAGUCAUAAGAAUAGAGGAGAUGAUCAUCAAUUAAAGUAGCUCUUGAUUGUGAAAUGAAUUCUCCUUGUCAGCCUCUUUGGAAAUGUCUAGAAAACAUUACAGAGAAUAGAUAUACUGAUGUUAGGGUGUAAAGGUUUAUUGGCUUGUGUUUUAGAGAAGAGAACUGGGUUGUGUUUUACAUGUACAGUAUGAUGAUGCGCUGAGUAAAGCAGUUGAAAAUUAAUUCCUUGUGUUUUGUUUAGGGUCCUAUAAAGGUCUGCAAAGAGCACAGUGCAGAGGUGGGAGGCAUUGAUUAAAAUAAUCAGACUCAAAUUACAGUGAAAACAUUGCUGUUCUGUAUAGGGUUGAAUAUAAUAAUGGUAUGCUACAUGUUUUUCCUACUUGUGUUUUCAUACAACUGUGUAACAAGAAACUAAGUUUAUUUCUCGUACCUAUACUUCUUAAGGUGUAUGGUGUUGACUGGAGCUGUAAUAGACAACUGGAUCAAUUUUUGAGUGCAUCUUGGGAUCACAGCAUAAAACUGGUAAGUAUUCUUUGGUAAUAUGACUUAAAGUCAAGUCCAAUUUGGUUUGUAAUUAAAUGAGUGGGUCACACACUGGGACAAUUCAAGUCUGAUUUGUACAAGUAUGAUUACAGACAGAAUUGGACAACACACUGUCCUGUUCCCAAUUAAUCAUAACUAUGACAAACUUUGAGGGAGAAACUAGCCAUUGGUUAAUAAUUUUCAUAAGAAUAUAGAACAACUGUUUACUUAGCGAAAUGCACAGCAACAGCACAUGCACAUGAUGUUUACUGUCCAGUAACACAGGGAUCAUGUGUCAACUGUAUUAUUAAAGUGUCAAAUUACAAGUGUGACAGGUAGGAUUAACAAGUGCAGUUAUGAUGCAAAUGUGUACCAUAUUAUGGUAUUAAAAAAAAAAACAACAACAAUGUUGAAUAUUGUAACAUACUUAUUUUAUGCUGUAUCUAUCUUUCUCAGUGGGAUCCAAAUGGAGCUCAAUCUCUAGCUACAUUUGCUGAUCAUCAGCAUGUAGUAUACAGUGCAGUGUGGUCUCCACAUGUUUCAAGGACAUUUGCUUCUGUAUCAGGUUACAUAAACAUCUCACUGUUGGUUCUCCUUCCUCACAAUCAUUGCUUAUAAUGGUAAUUCAGGCCGAGAAUUUGGUUUUAAUCCUUUCACUGCCAAAAUCUCAUUGUUAGUUCUCCUUACUGUCUGCAAUACAGUUUUUAUGAUGUUAGUUUGGAUAAUUUGGUAUUGGAUCAUCUAAAAAUCCCCUUAUUGAUAUUUUUCUUUACCAUCAUCACUUAUCUGCCCGAUAUUUUACUAAUUGGAACUUCUAUCUUGGUCACUUGUGGGAGUUAAAGGGUCAAAUCAAACGAUAUCCUCUCAAUUGUGUUUUUUUGCUUUUCCCAUUUGUCUGUCUGUUAAAAAAGAGGAAUUAGUUACUAACAAGUCACUCUUGAAAUGAAGAGGGCUUACAUUAAUUGUUACAGAGCAGUUACUGGAGUCAUGAAUUUAGAAUUAAUUACAGGCAAUAAGAAGUGAUAGGAUGAAGUAGAGUAGAAAAAAGUCUACAGAAAAUUUAACCUCUGUUGGCAAGAGUUUGUAUACGACAACAUAAUUACACCAAGAAAAGCACUUUAGAAUUAACAAAAAGAAGACCACCAUUGAUACCAUCAAUAAAUUUGAUUCAUGUCCACUACAUUUAUAAUACAUGUCAGUCAUUAUUGAAAUUGUAGGAGACAACACCCUCAGGAUAUGGGACAUAUCAGCCCCUCCACAUGCUCAACAGACCAUACAGGCUCAUGAUGGGGAGGUCCUCACUUGUGACUGGGCCAAAUAUGAUGUGGUAAGGGUCUGGAUUGAUGCCUUAAAUGAACUGCAGACACAUGUGUACUGUAUUGUGAAUAGCAACUGUUAGGGGCAAGGCAGAACUUAACUUAAAUGUACUCUGUAUUCCAAGGACAUGGCAGCAGUGCAUGAGGCCAUUGUGAAGGGUUUGUAUGACUGUAUAAUCUCAGGUGCAACUGUUGUUUUGGUAAUGAAUGCAUGAAAAAGUUAGCCUAAUUUCCAUGCUCUCAGUCACUGGAGCCAAAUAAAAGAAGAAAUGGUGGGUGCAUCUGUCUUUGAAAUGACUAACAUCUCUGUUACUUGAGUACAUGUACUUGUUUGCAUUUUCUUUCUUUUGUAUGUGUUCUUUUUCCUCAUUUCAAGAACAUAUAAACAGCUGUAUUCUAGAAUUUCUUUCACUGUUGUUGUGGAAAAUAGUACAGUCAUGUAACCUUAUUCAAAUUUAACAUAUGAUAAUGAUUAACUGUGGUUGUACAUCUGUUGUUAUUAAGACUAAAUAAUAUAGAAAGGAACAUUUCACUUAAUCGUCUAACAUUUUUUAUUCUUUUGUAGAAUUUAGUGGUAACAGGAUCAGUGGAUACAAAAAUCAGGUACCAAAAUGCUAUCUAUAUGCAAUAUACUUAAUCUAAUUUUGGCACAUGUUAGACAUAAUUAUGUCUGGGAAACAGUACAAGUUGAAUUACAAGACAGCUAAUAAAGUUAGUCUAUUUAUAUUGUUUUAAAAAAAAAAUAGCUAUUUUUUUCCUAGGUAGAACAUUAAUAAGUAAAAGCUAGAUAUACGUACAUGUACACCCUGCAGUUACAUUUCUAAUGCUUGGUUUGGUGUGAUUUUCUUCCCACUUAUAUUAGAGGUUGGGAUCUUAGAAACACAACAGCCCCUGUGUUUACUCUUGAAGGUCACCAGUAUGCAGUAAGACGAGUUAAGGUAGGAACCGCUUUAAAACCAGUUUCCUCGGAGGGGAAAGACAGUGUUGGCCUUAAUGCAACUCCCUUUUUUUAAAACAGCAAUCCUACCCCUAUCCAGUGUAGCCACCAUGGUGAGGGGAAAAACAUUUCGGUGUCUAAAUAUUGAGGAAGGUGACCAAGUUGGUGACCUGUGUUCAGUUGUUGCACAGUGUUUUUAUUCUCUAGUGUGUAAUUUUCCCCAGCAAUAAUGCAAACCCUUGUAGUUUUGAUUAUUUUUAGUUGGUAAACUUCAUAUUUGGAAGGAGGGUCCUGCCUUUUUCUCUGAACCAAAUACUGAACUUUUUUGGUGACACUUGAUUUUUUCUGGUCUGAUUUCUUUUCAAAUUGAUGAUUUGUCAUUUUCAUACACUGUGGUUAUUUUCAAUCAAGGACAGUACUCUGUUAAUUGGAGCUAAGUGACAGAGAGGUCCCCCGAGUCCCUCCUGUGUAUAGAGAGCUGAUUGUCACUUUAAAAAAACUGCUACAAACAGUAGCUUAAGUGAAGAUGAUACACAUAGAAUGACAUACAUGUAAAAGAAGAGGCCAUUCCCUCAUCAGUGGGCUUUACUGAUGUGCAUACUUACAAGUACAGGUGUAUGAACAUAUUCUAAACAUGUUUUCACAUCAAGAAGUCAGUUAUAGUCAGGGUUGAUUACAGAAAGUUAUCAUCUCAUCCAUUAUUUCUCACCAGUGCUCUCCCCACAACGGCACCUUAUUGGCAUCUUGCUCCUAUGACUUUACAGUUCGAACAUGGAAUAUUAGCAAUGGAACAUGUCCAUUAGAGACUAUAGAACACCACACUGAAUUUGUUCUGGGAUUAGACUUCAAUCUUCAUCAUCCUGGACAGGUAAUUUUUUACAGAAAAAAAAUAUUUUGACUGAUCAGUGAUGAGUAGAUCACUUAAUUUGCCAAAGUCCAAGGCUGAGUUAAAGAAUUAAUGAUCUGUGAGCAUUUUUUUUUUUAAAUCAUGAUUAUUAUCAAAAGCAUAUGAGCUUUUCAUACGAGUUUGUAUGAUUGGCAGGUGUUUAACUUGGCUUAACUUUGAAAUUAGGGGUUUUUUUUAACCCUUUACACCUUAAUAUCAGUAUGCAUAUUCUCCAUACUGUUCUCUAUACAUUUCCUAAGGUGCUGACAAGGAGAAUUUGAUAACAAAUCAAGAGCUACUUAUUUUAAUAAGUUGGUGAUCAUUCCUCAGUUCUCAUAACCUUAAUGUUUACUUCAGGGGUGAUACUGUAAGGAGAAAUUUGAUGGCAGGAACUCUUAGGGGUUAAAGGUUAAAAAUGGCCUUGUGAACAGUUUUAACUAUGGAAAAAAAUACCAGUCAUGAUCAAUGAAUGUAGGUUUUCCUCUGAUUUUUCUCCCAUCCUAUAGCUUGCUGACUGCUCAUGGGAUGAAAAAGUGAAAAUACACUCUCCACCUUCUCUACUACAAAGAUGA